CCGCAACAGGUCGUGCCACAAAUUUGGGACAAGGCUUUGACAUUGAACUUGGCAUUGCUUGGUUUGGCUUGGUUUGCUUUCGUCUAACAGUAACGCGCGAGUCAUAUCCAACUCGAAGGAUUUCAUGAUUUUUGUUCUUGUUUCUGCUGGUUGUGAACCAAAAGCAAAAAAAUUGCGCUAAAAAUAACCGUUAGCCAAGCUUAAGCAUCCUAAUCAAACUGCGUGUGUAUGUGUGUGUUAGUGAGCGUGAGUGUCUAUAUGUGUACGUGCCAUAAAACGAAUUUAUUAGAUAUUUAUUUAUCCCUUAUCCUCGCCACCUGAGCCAACAGCAAGCCCAAGCGACAAAGUAGCGCGCGAAAUUAUUUUCAAAGUGUCAGCAGGAGAAACCGCGUAACGGCGGAAAUGCCUUUUAGGCGUUGUUGUGUGGGUUAAAUUUGUUCACACCACCCACGGCCAUAGGGACUGAUGCAUAUGUGGUUGCCAGCCAAUCCCCAAAAACGUAAAGAGAAAAAUCAGGAGGAUGACUUCGCUUCUUCUUUGGACGACUGCUUCCCAAAAUCAUUACUAAGUCAGUGGGACUCCCUUUUGAGAAAUAGGAGAGAAUAAGAUGGCCAUAGCUAACAUUGACUACGAUUAUCUGCUGAAGUUCCUGGUCCUGGGUGAUUCAGGAGUGGGCAAGACCUGUCUGCUCUAUCAGUAUACCGAUGGAAGGUUUCAUUCGCAAUUCAUAUCCACAGUUGGCAUUGAUUUUCGCGAAAAGCGACUGGUAUACAAUUCCCGUGGACGUCGUCAUCGUAUCCACCUACAAAUCUGGGAUACAGCCGGACAAGAACGUUUCCGUUCGCUAACUACCGCUUUCUAUCGCGAUGCCAUGGGAUUUCUGCUGAUUUUCGAUUUGACCAGCGAAAAGUCGUUCCUGGAGAUAACCAAUUGGCUGGAGCAACUACGCAUGCACGCCUACUCUGAGCAGCCGGACGUGGUGCUAUGCGGCAACAAGUGUGAUCUGCUGCAGAUGCGUGUGGUCAGUCGCGAGCAAGUCCAGGCAUUGGUGCAACGCUACCGUCUACCCUACAUCGAGACGAGUGCCUGCACGGGAGCCAAUGUGCAGCAGGCUAUGGAGCUGCUGGUGGGCUGUGUCAUGGAACGCAUCGAGAACGCCAUGAGCAAUCGCGAAUUAUCCUUGCUGAUGACUCAAUCAAGAUGUUUGCCAAACAUGGUCUAUGGAUCGGAAUUGCUCCGACUCCAUGAACGUGACAAUGACGCCGAUGCGACCACGCAUCGACGCAACUGCAAUUGUUAGAGGAAGGAUGAGCAAGUGGCCAACACCUCACCUGCUUCUUUCUGACUCAUUAUUUUAGUUUUUGUUGUAUGUAUAUGUAUUGGUUUUUUUAAUGUGUCUUUCUAAGUGUGUGUUCUCUGUAAAUAAAUGUUAAUUUGUUGAAA